CUCUCUACCGUUGGAUAUUCAACUUAAAAUCAUUUUCCACAACUAAAACCCUAAUAACCCCCCUCUCUUCUACUUUCUCUCUCUUCUACUUUCAUAACUGCUGCUGCAAUAUCUCAUUUUUUUCCGCGAUAGAAAAUCCAUUCUCUCUCUUCUAUUUUCUCUCUCUAUCAGUCUAUUCUCAUUUCUCACUGCUGCGAGAUCCCAUUUCUCCACCACUAAAAGCCCUAGAAAAACCCUAAACCACCCAUCUAACAUCUCAUUCUCUGCGCCGAAAAUAAAAAAACCCACAAUUCCAUGGCUAAAAAGAAGGUGACCCAGAAAGACAAACCGGCCCAGAACCCAGAACAGACCCGUCAAACCACCACCAUGGACGACGCGUCAGAGAAGAUCGAACACUUAAAGUCCCUGAAUUCCAUGCUUCUCAAAGAGACCGUCGAGCACCGUCAACAGAUGGACUCACUCCUCCAGUCAAAAGGGUCUCUGGAAUCGGAGCUAACUCGGUCCGAAACAGAGAAGGAGGCCUUGCAGGCGGAGUUGACUCGGUUCCAUGACCGUACGGUACAAAUGGAACUGGAGAGGAACUUGGUUUCUGUGUUUGUUUCUGUGCAGGUCAAUCAACAAUCGGAAGUGAUUGAGAAGGAAAGGAGAGAGAAGGCGGAGACUGAGAAGAGAUUGCAGAGUAUGGAGAGCGUAAUGAGAGAGGUUCUGAGGGAGAAGAGUGAGAAAGAGUUUGACUCGAAGAGGAAGUUGGAUCAGCUUCUUGCUGAGGUUGAGAAUGAGAGAAAUGUGUCCAGACAAUUGGGUCAAGAGAGGGAUUCAUUGAGAACUGAAGUUGAGGAUCAAAUUGGGGAGAUAAAUGGGUUGGACUCUAUACUCGAUUCUGUGAGGUACGAGAAAGAGAUUUUGGAGAAAAAGUUAAGUGAACAUGUUGAUGAGGUUCGUCGUGAAAGGGCUGUAAUGAGUCAUGAACUUCGUCUUCAAACUGAGGCGACAGCCGAUUUUGAACUGAAAUUGAAUGAGUCGGAGAAAAGAGGGAUGAUGAUUCAAGAAGAGGUUCACAAACUGAGGACAGAGUAUGCCAACAUGAUGGAGGAAAAAGAAGAGAGUGAACGAAAGGUCCAGAUGAUAAUGGCGGACAAGGAUGCCUUUGAGAGAUGUUUAACAGAUUCGAAAAGGAUAAUUGGGAAGCUGAAGGGAGAUAUUGAAGAAAUUGUUAGAGAGAAGGAAGGAAUUGAGGAGGAGAGGAAAGUGGAAGUGGAGAAGAAAAUUGAGGAAGUGAGCGCGUUGAAGGAGAGGGUAAUCAGUCGGCAGAAGGAGGAAGAGAGGUUGAGAUUGAGCUUUGCCGAAAUGGAGAAGAGGUGUAUUGAAGGUUUGGAGAAGCAAAACCGGAUGGUGAUGGAGAUUAACGUGUUGGAGGAAGCAAAGAAGGAGAUGGAGAGGAGCUUUGAGAGGUUGAAUGGGGAAAAGGGUGUUGUCAGGAAAGAAUUGGAUGAGAUUUUGAAGCAAUUAGAUGAUCAGACGCAAAAGGUGGAGGAGAUAAGACGCGAGAAAAUGGAGAUUGAGGAGGUGAAAGCUCUUAAAGAGAGUGAAAUUGUCGAAAUGCAGAAAGAGAUUGGUGAACUUGAGGAUGCCAUAUCAGCACUAGAAGAGUCAUCCAAUGAUCAACUAGAGAAGAUUGGGCAAUUUCAAUCUGAAGUUAGUCAAUAUAGAGAAGCACUGAAUUUAGUUACAAUCGAAAGGGAUGAAGCUAGAAAAGGAUUUGAUGAGGAGAACAGGAAUUGUAUUAGCUUGAGGGAUAAAAUUUUGGAAAUGGAGAAGAAAAUCGAAGAAACACACAGGGUGGCUAGGGAGAUGAAGACUGAAAAUUGCAGCGUUAUUGGGGAAAAGAAAGAGUUGGAAAGCCGCUGCACAAGGUUGAUGAAGGAAAUGGCUUCACUAGAGAGCACACUUUCAAAAACCGGAAAAGAGUUUGAUGAUAUGCAGGCUAAAGUGAAGUUAGGGAAUACUAAUUCAGAGCUUGUCUUAAACAUGCUAAAGAAAACAGCUUCACAAGUUUGUCCAUCUAAAGAUGAAAUGGGUGUUGUGGAAGACAGUGUGCUUAUUGAUGAACAGAAGGUCGGAGAAGAGAUGAAGCAGUACGUGGCAGAGUUGGACGUGAUAAAAAGUUCUUUCAAGAAGAGGGAGAGUAAGGCAGAGGAGAUGAAGCGGCAGCUUGAGUUCCUGCUAGCAGAAGCACAUAAGAAGAAGAGCUUCUGGACAUUGAUGUCCUCUGCAACAACGGUCUUCGCUGCAGCUUCUGUUGCAUAUGUUGCUUGUGGGCGCUGAGUGAAUUCGUUUAUUUCACCAAGUGCUUUUUUUAGGGGAAGUAAGUAUGAACUGUAGGAUUAACUAAUCCAAGUUUUUAAUCAGAUGGCCAAAAAAAUGAUGAUAUCUUGGUUCUUUCUUAACUUUCUUUUUUGUAAGAACAUAAUGUUUCCUAGAAUCAGAAAUGAUCAUGUUCUUCCACUAAGUUUUUGAUUGCGUUUUCAUUAUAAAUAAAAUGCUACUGUCUUUCGAUAA